CCCUGCCCAGUCCCCCGGAAGUCCCCACACCUGAGGCAGAUCUUCCUAGGAGCCCUGGAAACUUGAUGGAGAGAGAAGAGCUGGCAGGGAAUCUGGCCCGGGCCAUUGCAGGUGGAGACGAGAAGGGGGCAGCCCAAGCGGCAGCCAUCCUGGCCCAGCAUCGUGUGGCCCUCAGCGUUCAGCUUCAGGAGGCCUGCUUCCCACCUGGCCCCAUCAGGCUGCAGGUCACACUUGAAGACGCUGCCUCUGCCGCAUCCACCGCGUCCUCUGCGCACGUUGCCCUGCAGGUCCACCCCCACUGCACCGUUGCAGCUCUCCAGGAGCAGGUGUUCUCAGAGCUCGGUUUCCCACCAGCUGUGCAACGCUGGGUCAUUGGGCGGUGCCUGUGUGUGCCUGAGCGCAGCCUUGCCUCCUAUGGAGUUCGGCAGGAUGGGGACCCUGCUUUCCUCUACUUGCUGUCAGCUCCUCGAGAAGCCCCAGGCCCCCAGCCAGCUGCCUCCAGCCUGCCCAGUCCUCUCCAGCCCAGCUGGCCCUGCCCUUCCUGCACCUUCAUCAAUGCCCCAAGCCGCCCUGGCUGUGAGAUGUGUAGCACCCAGAGGCCCUGCACUUGGGAUCCCCUUGCCGCAGCUUCCACCUAGCAGCCACCAGAGGUUACAAGGGGAGAGUGGCCCUUCCCUCAUAGGCCCGACGUCUCCAGGUCCCCGCCAAACUCAGGGGACCUCUACUGACUGCUUGCUGGGACAGAGUCACCAGGGUUGGGGGAAGGGCCACAAACUGAAACCAUUAAAGACACUUACAAGCCAGCAA